AUGUACUGCCAAAAGUGCCGAACGCCUCUCAGACUGGACAGCUCCCUAGAGGACCUGAAUCCGGCAGCAUACGACCUACUUGUCGCUUCGUCCCGGCCGCCUCCGAACCGACACGCCGCCUCCCGCAACGCAAAUCCACAAGAUCAAGCCAAGAAGGCCCUCUAUGACCGUGUCUCCAAAGACGCCGGUCCGGCCACGUUCAGGAAGCCCACAGGCGCCAUACGAACCGGCGAUGGGCAACAACGAGACAACCCAGGCAUGUCCUUCAUAUACCUGACAGAAUCCCAGGUCGGCAACCCCAGCCGCUUGCCCAGCCAUCACGCCUCACAGAAAGCGGCCGGGGACGUGACGGCAGAAAAUGGUGGUUCCAAGUCACACGAGAUGGAGCGCAUCGCCAAGCUCCAUGAGAUUCUCUCGGCGAGGUCGGAUGUGGACCAUCCGGUAUGCGUCGAGUGUACCGAGAUUCUCGUGGACGGUCUUCAAAAGAAGCUCGAAACGGCGAACCGCGAACGGGAGGCAUAUGUGGCGUACUUGAAGGAGUUGCAGGCAGAAGCACCGACGGCCGACGAGCUCAAGGCAAGCGAGGAGUCCCUGGCAAGGACGAAGCAAGGCGAGGUGGAGGCUCUCGCACUGUUGAAGCAGCUGGAGGCGGAGAAGGCGCAGCUGGACGAACAAGUCCUGCGGCUGGAAGACGAGUCACGCCAGCUCGACGCCGACGAGGAGCAGUUCUGGAGGGAUCGCAACGCAUUCGCGAUGAAGUUGACAGACUUCCAGAACGAGCGCGACAGCAUCAACUCCAAGUUUGACCACGACUCGCGCCUGCUCGAGAAGCUCCAGAGGUCCAACGUCUACAACGACACGUUUUGCAUCAGCUUUGACGGCUAUUUCGCAACCAUCAACUCUCUGCGGCUUGGCCGGCUGUCUAACAAGCCUGUCGACUGGCCCGAAAUCAACGCAGCCUGGGGCCAUGCCCUCCUGCUGCUCGUCACGGUUGCCGAUAAGCUCGGCUACCAGUUUGAGGGAUACCAGCCUGUGCCCAUGGGCUCAACCUCCAAGAUCAUCCGCUACGACCCGGUGUCCCCUUCCUCCAGCCGGCUCGGCGGCCACAGGAACGCACCUCCGCCCGCACCCAAGAAGCACACACUAGAGCUCUACUCAUCCGGCGACAUGCCUCUCGGGCUCACAUUCAUGCAUCGAAAGUUUGACAACGCCAUGGUGGCGUUCCUAGAACUGGUGCGGCAGCUCGGGGCGUUUGUUGAGAAACAGAAUGCCAGUGACGGGCUCGGUGAUCAGGCCCUAAUACUGCCGUACAAGAUCGAGGGCGACAAGAUCGAGGAUGUCAGCAUCAAGCUGGGUCUGGCUCAGGAUGACAGUUGGACCCGGGCUUGCAAAUUGGCCUUGACAUGCUGCAAAUUCCUGCUGGCUUGCACGAGCAACUUCAGCGCGGAGAGGAGCUCUGCCGGUCGGGGCGGAAGGGAGAACAACGGAGCCACGGCCUGA